CCUACAAAAAGACACAAGAACCCUUGUAAGCAAAGCAGCCAGCUAGGAGAAGAAGAAGCCAAACCAACCCAAGAACCUCCUCCUCCCACCUCCAUGGCGGGCACCCACCUCCUCCUCCUCCUCGUCGCCGCCGCCGGCGUCGUCGGCGCCGUGGCGGCGGCGGAAGGCAACGGGACGGCGGCGCCGACGGCGUACGAGAUGCUGGAGAGGUACGACUUCCCGCGGGGGAUCCUGCCGGUGGGGGUGGAGGGGUACGUGCUCCGGGACGACGGCAGCUUCGAGGUGUACUUCCCGCGGGACUGCGAGUUCAUGCUGGCCAGGACGUGGCUGGUCCGAUACGGCGCGCGCAUCGCCGGCGCCGCCGCCUCCGGCUCGCUCACCUCGCUGCAGGGCGUCUACGUGAAGGUGCUCUUCGUCUGGCUCCCCGUCGGCGAGGUCGACCGCGCCGGCGACAGGCUCAGCUUCUACAUCGGCCCCGUCUCCACCUCCUUCCCGCUCGCCGACUUCGCCGACAGCCCGCACUGCCGCGGCUACGACCACCUCCUCGCCGCCGCCGCGUGAUUGAUUAGUGAGAUGGCUGGUUAAUCCGCGCGAUUUGGGUGGGUAUUACGUGUAAUUAAUUACGGGUAUUUUUGAUUAACUUCUGCGUAUUGCUGCGGAUGGAAUACGCCAAUACGGGAUUUGUUUUAGUGCUCCGAAUCAUAUCAUUUCGUGGCAUCUUUUAUGAAGAACUCUUGGAUGCCAUGCUGAUUUGUCUGGCUUUUUUUUUCUUGGCUUUUGGUAGCGAUUGGUCACUGGUCUGGUUUGUCACGAUCGACCAUUUCUUCUUUCGUUUGAUUGAUCUGUUGGAAUUUCAUUUUGAUUCCAUCGCAUUGAGAGCAGAAUUAUACAGUUGCAUUGUAGUUAAUGGGAAUGCAUUCGAAUGCAUUGAGGCCGUCACU